AUGGCAACAACUGAAGAAAGAAACAGCACUACAGUUACCUGGUUCAUCUUCGUGGGAUUCUCCGAAUUUCCAAAGCUCACAGUCUUCCUCUUUUCAAUAUUCCUAGGGAUCUACCUCAUGACAGUGUUCUGGAACCUGGGUCUUAUUGUCCUGAUCAAGAUGGACUCCCACCUGCACACACCCAUGUAUUACUUCCUGAAUAAGCUUGCAUUCUUAGAUAUGUGCUAUGUUUCCUCCACAACUCCCAAGAUGCUCUCAGACUUCUUCCAAAAGCAGAAAUCCAUCUCCAUUAUGGGAUGUGCUGUGCAGUACUUCUUCUUCUCUUGCUUUGGUCUAAGUGAGAGCUGUCUUCUGGCCGCCAUGGCUUAUGAUCGCUAUGCUGCCAUUUGCAGUCCUCUACUUUACACAGUCAUUAUGUCUCCUGGUGUCUGUCUGCAGAUACUGGUAGGAUCUUUAAUAACUGGAACCUUCGGCUCACUUGUCCAAUUGUGUGGUUUUCUUCAGCUCCAUUUCUGUGGGCCAAAUGUCAUUAACCAUUUCAUCUGUGACUUGCCCCAACUGAUGAUGUUAUCCUGCUCUAACACCUUUUUCUUACAAGUUAUAACAUCUGUGCUCACAGCGAUCUAUGGACUGACUGCUGUCCUUAUUAUCACGGUAUCUUAUGGCUAUAUCAUUGCCACCAUUUUGAAGAUCAGUUCAGCUGAAGGCAGGUCCAAAGCUUUCAACACCUGUGCUUCACACCUGACAGCAGUGACUCUUUUCUAUGGUUCAGGCACCUUUGUUUAUUUGUGCCCUAGCUCUGAUGAUUCUCUUAGUCAAAGCAAACUGGCUUCUGUUGUAUACACUAUGGUAAUUCCCAUGUUAAAUCCAUUGAUCUAUAGUCUGAGAAACAAGGAAAUCAAAGAUGCCUUAAGCAGAUUGAAGAAGAGAAUUUUUCCUUGA